GGUUAUAAUCGCCUAUAUAGUUGAUUUAAAAUGGCGCUCUAUAGGCCGCAGUGGCUCUACGCGAAUAAGUUUCGUCUAUUUCUAACGCUUGUCCUUUUCACCAUCGUCGUUGUGUAUUUGGGACGCCCCAAGCUCUCUCUCUUCUUCUCAGAGCUUGAGUUACCCUCCGUUGAGGAACUACGAAAUGAUUCGACUCCACUCCGUUGGAAGCCGUGUGGAGGAGCGUUUAUCAAUGGCAGCAAUGUAGUGGAUCGUGAGGGCAACGAACCCCACAGAAAAAUGCUCCUGUCAGUUACUGCGAAGGACGCCGACGUUGAUGAUGUGCUGAAGGCGUUGCAUGCCCUGCAAGUUACCUGCCAGAGUCGCCCUCUCGUUGAGACAGAGAAACUAGGAAAGACAUUUGCCAAGUUCCUGAUAGCCCUAAAGAACUAUACAGUGUUUCAUGCACUCGAAAGGAAGAAACCUUCAGCAAAGCGACUAUUGUGGGUGUGCAAAAAUGGAUGCGGAGGAAUCGCUGACAGGAUGAAGGGCAUUGCUUUUGCUCUCAUGCUAGCCAUGUUUUCGCGAAGAGUUUUGCAUCUGGAUUGGGGCCCCCAGCAAGGACUUAGUGAGCUGGCAUUCCUGGAGCCGAAUGCCAUUGACUGGCAUCUCAUGCAAGAAGAAAGAGAGAAAGCGUACUUGCAAGACAAUCACCAUUUUUACACAAAAAGUUCGUCCAUAAAUGGAGUUGCUAAAAACUUGCGCAAAUUGCUGGAAGCUACGAAGAAGGAAAGUUUACAAUGGGUUGCUGUGAAUACUAACCUAUCCCCUAGUACCCUUGCAAACACAGUAGGAUACGAAUGGAUCAAUAAUGGCAUGGCUUCUCUAAGUCUUAACAACGUACAUGACUUAAACAUUAACUUAAUUGGACUGGCUUUCCGAUACCUCUUUAAAUUUUCGUCUUAUCUCUUGCAAGAGGUGAGGGCCGCUCGCAGAGUGCUAGGACUUGAACACACAAGAUAUGUGGGGCUACAUGUGAGGACAGGAUUUGAAGGCUGGGAGCAGCAUCCCAACGUGUACACAAAACCCCGGCAAUGGAGCGAGUCAAUAUCCUGUGCCUAUCGGUAUGCCACUCAACACUUUGGCAAUGAAGUUCCUAUCUUCUUAGCCACAGAUUCAAAACAAGUAAAAGGUAUGGUUGGGCCAGAGUACAGAGGUCAAAUCAGGUGCCUAGACAAUGUUGUUCUCCACGUGGGCAAACUGAAGAAACUGCACAGCAAGACAAAGGCCCAAGUUAAAGAAAGUUUGUUUAGUGUUUGGGUUGAGCUGAUUUUGUUGGCUGAGUCCCACAGUUUAGUGAGGGGGGUUUCAGGUUAUGCAUUUUUAGCUGAGUGUUUGUGCUUCAUGCCCAAGGAAAGAACAGUCCGUGCAUUAACAUGUACUUCUUCAUAUGAGCGGAAGUGAAAACUGUUGGCUGAGGGGGAACACUUUCAAUGCGGCAAUUUUCGUGUAACAAUGAUGAUACGUUUCAUAAUAAUGAGUGACGGAAGGAUAAUUUGGUGAUAAUCUUGUGGCAGACUCGUUUGACAAGGAGAAUCUGUCUCCAAACAACAAAAAUGAUGAAGAUCACUCACUGAAGACUGAGCCUCCAACCAGGUUGAAACAAAAGGCUGAGCUGAAGAAGGGUACACACUCAGAAAAUGCUAUUGACUUGGAGAGACUGCAGCAAGAAGAAGUUCGAUACUGGAUUAAAUCACUUGAGUUGAUGGAGGAGGACAAAGAGCGUCUUGUUGGGGGACUUUGGCUAAAUGACAGUCACAUUUUUGCUGCUUCAAAGCUGUUAAAUAAGAAGUACCCUCAGCAGAAUGGUCUCCAGUCAACACAACCCCUGGCGAAGAAGCUGCAAUGGAAGUCGAAUAAUGUAGACUUUGUUCAAGUGGUACACAUCAGUGGGUGUGUACAUCGAAUGUGCACAGUGCACCCGAGUUUGUGACAUAUAUGACAGCAUGCCAGCCUCCCACUCACCUACUCUCAUCAGGCAGGUUGCAGCAAUGAUGAAAUGUUCCGAGCCAUCAUUUAGAAUGAGGUACAUCAAUGUACAGAUGCAAGCAGGAUCAUCUGAUUGUGGCCUAUUUGCCAUAGCCUUUGCUGUUGCUUUGUGUGCGGGAAAAGACCCACACAAAUGUUCCUUCGACCAGGGUCAGAUGAGAAGGCAUCUGUACCAGUGUUUGGAGAAAGGUGAACAUAGCGAGUUCCCAGCAUCAAAGAAGCCAAGACGCUGUACUAGCAGCAUCAAGUCCAUCAAAACAAUCCAAGUAUAUUGCAUGUGCCACUUGCCAUGGGACAAGGAUAUCAACUUGUAUGGUAGCCUUGCACAGUGUGACGGAUGCAGAAACUGGUUUCACCAGAAAUGCAUGAACAUUCCUGAUGCUGCAUUUGUUGAACAAUCUUUUUCUUGGCUAUGUACUUCUUGCUCACUGUUGUAAAAAUAUUGUUCUUGUUUUUCUCUGCACAUUAUUCAUCUUGCUUACAAAUUUUGUUGCACAUUAUUCAUCUUUUUUACUAUUGUAAGUAGCUAUAUAAUAAUAUGCUGUAGAGAUAAUCUUCAAGUCUAUAUAGCAAAUUCUUAUAGCAUGCAAGGGGUGCCUUUUUUCACAAGGGGGUGCCUAUAUUUAUUAUAAAUAUGGACACCCGGGUAGCUAAAAUUCCGUGAAAAUAGGCACCCGGGUACCAAUAAUUCCAUGAAAAUGGGUACCCCGGGUGCUUAUAUUUAGGGGUGUGCAUUUUCACUUGACACCGGGUUUUGAGUCAAUAGCCCCCUGUGGGUGUAGCGGCUGGGUACAAGACUUAAGGUACAAUAUAAUAUAGCAUGUGCAUGGUGUUAACAGUGAAUUAGUGACAUAGAAUUGUGUAAUGCAGUAUAAUCAGGCAAAACCCCUCCAUAAAGGACACCCCGCUAUAAUUGACAAAAUGUUGUGGCUCUAAGUUGUCCGCCUUAGAGGGGUUCCACUGUAAUUGUAUAUAAUAGUAUCGGCACGAUUUUCGUGUCGUUUGAGGAAACGAAAACGAAAUCGCAUAUGAGCGAAUUUUCGCGUGGAGGAAUGAAGGUGAGUAUUAAAGUUGUUGAGCACAACUAACCAGUGGAACCAGACGACCUUUUAUCGUCACGUUUCCCAAGUCUGGCACUAUCGUGUGUGGAGCAGAUCGUCAAGCUACUUCGCAAUGGCGGCCAGUCAGACAACAUCAAGUUGGACAGAUCAA